AUGGCCCCGCAAGCAGGCUUUGCCUGGAGCGCUGACAGCUACCAGCUGCUGGCAUACGACGCCGACAGCAGCGCGCGCAUGUGGUGGAUGCGCCCCGCCAGAGGCCAAGAUGUGGCCGAGCUGGAGCGCAAGGGCUGCCCAAUGCUGCCGGAGCUGGCGGCGCUCGUGACGCCACGCAUGGUGGCAAACUCAGGCAAGGCCCCCAUCGAAGACGAGUCCGACGCUCUGGCGGCAGCGGCGCUCGCCGUUGAGGCCGCGGCGGAGGGGGCGGCCGCCGAGGUGGGCGCCGCGCCUGCCGCUGGGGCGGCGGCUGGCCAGGGGCGCGAGCAGCGGCACCUCAGGCGGCAGUGGCGGCCGGCCUUCCACCCGGCAUUUACGCUCACCGGCACGCAGCCGCAGUUCAUGCUGCCGCAGGUGACGGGGGACGUGCUUCGAGUCACCACGCGCAUCGGUGCCCCCGUGCUGCCCGGCUUUGGACCCUCACCAGCCGCGCAGAACGCAGCCGCGUCCGAAGCGGCGCGGCGAGGAGGCGGGGCGGCCGCGCGGCGGAGGCAGCUGUCGCAGGCGGCGGUUGACUACUUGAUGCCCGCACAGGCGCCCAACCCUGACAUCGCCUCCCAGGCCGUAUACCGCCGCCACGACGCCCACGUCGUGCUGGUGGCCUUCCUGUCGGACGCGGCCACCAUGCUGACAGUAGACCAGCGCGGCCUCGUGGCGCUGUGGCCCGCCAGCGACGCCGAUCGCAGCGGCUUUGGGUGGUUCAAGCCCAAGAAGUGCUUCCAGCUGCCCCCCAGCAUGCGCACGUGCCACGCGAGGGGCGCGCCGCAGACCGUGUGGCCCCUGCCCAGCGGCCGCCCCGGCGCGUCGCCCGGCAUCUCAAACCCCAUCGAGCGCGCGCGCCGCGACGCGGCCGGCGCCGGCGCCGGCGGCGGGGUGUUUGGCCGCCGGCCGUCUGCGGCAGCAGAGCCGCAGGCGCGCAUCCCUUAUGAACCCGAUGCAGAGGAUGCGCCGCCGGGUGUCGAUGGCGUGGCCGCUCGGCGCGGCGCGGCGGGCGACGCGACGGGCGGGGCGCUGCUGGAGUCGCGCGCCCCCUGGAUCGUCCGCUACCGCACCACCAGCGCCGCUGCGGUCGCGGCGGCGCAGGCGGCCGGCGGGGCAGGGGCCGCGCGGCCGGCCGUGGCGGGGGCGGCGGGGGCGGCGGUGGUGGUGCGGGAGGUGCUGCACCGGCCGCCGGAGGGCGCGGUGGCCGGCGCCCCGGCGCGCGCGCUGGUGGUGUCGACCUACUCGGCCGCCACUGGGGAGCUGCUGGCGCGCAGCAAGCAGCGGUGUGGGGCGGCGCGGCAGCCGUUCAAGGUGGUGGCUGCUGAGCUGGCGCCGUCCCAGCGCGACCUGCUGCUGUUUUGCCACGUGGCGGGGCGCGACGACGACCCGGACAGCUUCCCCACUUUCAGCGUCAUGGUCCUGAACCUUGCCGCCAUGCGCUGCCUCGUGCCGCGCAUCGACGCGCCCGACCCCUCGUACGGCACCGCCGCCCCCGCCUACGCCCUGACGCCGGCGCUGCCCAGCCUCGGCAGCGAGUACCUGCUCCUUGGCCUGGGCGCCGGCAUGCUGGGCGCAUUCAGCCUGGCCACAGGGCAGCUGGUGGCCGAGCUCUUCCCCGGCAUCCCGCACCGCGCCUGGGGCGACCUGGAGGUGUUCGCGAGCGGCGUUGUUGCGGCGGCCCGCGAGGACGGGGCCGGGCGGCCCGCGGACGCGGGGGCGGGGACGGUCGCGCUGCCGGGGUUUGCGUUGGGGCACUACGCGUCGCUGGCCCUGGCGCGGUUCGGGAGCGCGGUGGCGGCGUGCGGCGACUCGGGGCGCACGCUGCUGGUGGCGGCUCCGGCGGGCGGCAAGGGGGUGAUGGACUGGACGGACGUGCAUUACCGCCAGCUGGCGCGCCUGAUCAGCCGCCGCACCUGGCUGUGGACGGAGAUGGUGGUGGACAAGACCAUCAUCCACACCCCCCACCCGGACAGGUUCCUGUGGUUUCCCCCAGAGCAGCGGCCCCUCGUGCUGCAGCUGGGCGGCAGCGACCCGCAGACGCUCGCGGCGGCGGCGGUCAAGGCGGCCCCAUAUGGUUAUGACGAGAUUAACCUGAACUGCGGCUGCCCCAGCGACCGCGUCGCGGGCGCCGGCUGCUUCGGCGCGGCCCUCAUGAUGCAGCCGCGCCUCGUCGCCGCCUGCAUGGCCGCCACGCGCGCCGCGCUGGACGCGGCGGGCUACCCGCACGUGCCCCUCAGCGUCAAAUGCCGGCUGGGCGUCGACGACCAUGACUCGUAUGAGUCGCUGGUCGAGUUUGUCAGGGCCGUGUCCGAUGAAGGCGGCGUCCGCCACUUCAUUGUGCACGCGCGCAAGUGUCUGCUGAAGGGCCUGUCGCCCGCGCAGAACCGCAGUGUGCCGCCGCUGCGGCACGAGUGGGUGUGGGGGCUCAAGCGGGACUUCCCACACCUCUCCUUCAGCCUCAACGGCGGCCUGCAGAACGCCUAUGACGCGGCCGGCGCCCUCGGGCUGGACGUCCCCGGGCUGGGGCCGGGCGCGGUGUCCGGCGUCAUGAUCGGCCGCGCGGCGUACAACGACCCCUGGGGCGUGCUGGGGGACGCUGACGUGGCGGUGUGGGGCGAGGCGGGGAACCCGGCGCCCAGCAGGCGGGAGGUGCUGGAGCGGUACUGCGAGUACUCUGAUGGGAUGCUGGGCAGGUGGGCCAUCAAGGAGGACGGCCACCGCGAGCCUAACGCCCGCGCGCUGCUGAAGCCGGUGCUCAACCUGUUCCACGGCGAGCACGGCAGCAAGCGCUGGAAGGCGGCCAUGGACGCUGCGCUGAAGGCGGCCCCCAAGGACGCCACAGUGCGGGACCUGCUGGCCGCGACCAUUGAUAUGAUCCCGCAGGAGGUGCUCGACUCGCCGCCGCUGCCGGCGCUCGCGGUGGCGGCCGUCGCGGCGGCGGGCGGCAACCUGCGGCAGUUUGCGGACGCCGCGGCGGCGGCGGCGGCGGCGGGAGCAGAAGCGGGCGGGGGCGGCGCGGCGGGCUCACCGCGGGCGCAGGAGCAGGAGCAGAAGGGGAGCGAGGCAGCGGCGGCGGCAGCGGCAGCGGGAACAGCGGCCGUCAAGGCGCUCCCGCAGCCUCCAGGGUACUCGCUGCCGCGGCCGCUGCCACAGCCGGGCGACCGCGCGGCGGGCGAGGACGAGCUGCGGCGGCAGCGGCUGAAGGAGGAGCGGCAGCAGCAGCGGCGGCUGGAGCAGCAGCAGGCCGCGGCGGCGGCCGCCAGCGGCGGUGGCGGGGACGGGUCAGAAGAGAGGGGCAAGGCAGGCGCCUCCGCCGGCGAGCGGCGGCGGCAGCUGUCAGAAGAGCCUGCUGCGCAGCAGCAAGCGGUGGCGGCCUGA